AUGGCGAGCCAUUUUUUCCUCGUCUUUGGUCUCGUGAUUUUAACCAUCGUUAAUGGAACAUUAGCAGCUGAAUCUGAAAAACCUCAACCUGUUGACAACAAAUCAGCCGCACCGGACAACUCAACAAAGAGCUUGAUAAAUAGUCUUGGUCCGUCUCAAGAUUAUCCGGAUUACGAAAUCCCUAAAGAACUUGCACCCGACGGUAUCGAGGUGGUGGAUGAUUACGUGCCCAUUAGCCCCAGUGGACAAGAUAUUUCUAACCCUCUUGCACAGCCCGAAGCAGAUAUGCAUGUCAAAUCCUCGAAAUCUGGCUCCGCCUCGAGAUCUUAUUCAACCCUUUUGGCUGCUGCUGUCUCUGCGGCGGGAGGAGCCAGCUUAUUUUUCUUUUGA